AUUGGCCCUGUGGUUCUUGAGAAAAAGUCGAAAAAAUGAGUGGAAAAAUAUAGAUAGACGAUAGACAGACGCAGGACACUCUUUGAUCAGAAAGGCUCUUUGGAGCCUUCAGCAGUUCAGAUUAAGACUUCAAAUCUUUGAAAGGAUCAUCUUAAAUACCAUCUAAAGAAACAGUACCCAGUGAUGUCAUAAUGCUUUAUUCAUCAUAGAAUGACAAUGAAGGGAGUAUUAGUAUGUGAUACUCCCACUGAAAUGUCAGAAAAGCUGUCUUAUCUUUGGUUUUUAUAAAGGAACUGAUUAAAUCUUUCAAAUAAUCAUUUCAAACUGCUCAAAUGAUCUAAUUAGGAAGACUGUUAUUUUCUGCCAGAAGCAAAUUGAAGACAUCAGUGGUAUGUGUACAUGUAUAUGAAAUAUUACUGUGACUGGGUGUAACUUCUGUAUAAAGAAAAUGACAGCUGCUACAGUGAAUUCUGGUGAGUUGACAGUAAAAGGACCUAGUGAUUGGACAUCCUCUGUUUUUGAGGAUGAAGACAGAGACUUCACAAACACUUGUCGUCGUACAAGAAAUGAAAAGAGCUUAGGAAGGCUGGAGAAUGUCGAAGACGAGGAAACUGAUCAGCCAGUGACUUUAAAGGAUGCCCCUCACCUCAACAAAGGGGAAAUAGAAAAUGACUUAAUAUUACAGAAUAUCCAAGAAUUUAACGAGCCAACAAUAAAAAGAGACAGGCUCCCAGACAAUGUAACAUUGCCUACAGAUUCUGGAUACUAUUCUCAGAGUGAGGCUGCAUCCUUGGACAACUCAGUAACUUCCAUAAGAAGUGAAGAACAAUCUUCAUCUUGCACUGAUUCCAGGGAAAACAUUAGUCAUCCUUCACUUCUUGUGCAAAGUACAUGUACAUGUAAAAAUGAAAUUCUAAAUUAUGUCAAAGAAACUGUAGAGGACAUUUUCAAAAAGACCAAAGAGCUUGGAUCUAAAAUGGUAGGAAAAAGAACAAAGCGAAAAAAGAAAGCAAAACAAUCAAAGAAGAAGAGAAAAACAAAAACAGUUCAUGGUAGGAAAAUCUUCCAACUUCUUAAACCAGUGGCUAGCAAAGCCAUCAGCAGAACUCAGAAGUAUUCCUUGUUAAAUAUUCUAAAAAAGGAAAUUAGAAGAUAUUUUCAACAAAAGAGAAAGCAUCGGAAAUAUGGUAGAAGUAAGCUUCUCAGUUCAUUUGUAAAGGCAGCAGGAAUCUUGGAUUGGAAUCAAAUCUCAUUCAAGAAUCUCAUGACAGUACAUGUAUAUCCAGUACAUUGGAUGUGUAUGCAGCAAGUGCCAGAGAAAAUGAAUAUCGAAUGGCUCCGACUCUGUUCCUUUGCUGAUGUCUCCUUUCAGAAGGUAUCCAGUUUGCGACUAGCUAAACAUGGUUUUUACUUCAAUAAAGAUAGAGGCAGAAUUCAAUGUUUUACCUGUGAUAAAAGCUACACAAAGCAGGGACUUGAAUGUACGGAGGACUGCAAUGCCAAGUUGAAGACAUCACUGCAUGAGGACUGGUGCCUGAUUGCUGAUGGCAAUAUCCCAAUACACCCAACUCCAGGCAGUAGUCUAGGAAUAUCAGAAGAUUUACCAUCACAAAACAAAAGACCAUUCAAAGAUGAGACUGGAAGGAUUAUCACCUGCCAGGGACUCUGUGGCCUGAACACAUUUUUUGUGGAUCAAGGAAAUAUGUUGAAAGAAUUCCCAUCACUCAUUGACAAAUAUAAAAACUUCAAUUUAGGAGAUGGUUCCAUUAAUCCAUUCCAAGUCAUAUUUGCUAUGUUAAGGAAAGGGGAGAAGAAUUCUGCCAGAGGAAUGAGGGAGAUUCUUCUACAUACAAAUCUAAUAUCACCAAGUGUAACGACCAUCAAACAGUUUCAUUUUGAAUUGAUAAAUUUUGUGUGUGAACUGAUGAAAGGAAAGAUAAUAGUCAAAGGAAAAUGUGCCUGUCCCGUAGAAAGAGUCAACAAAGAAGAACAGAUUUAUAUCUCUGAAUGUAAAUGUCACAAAAAUUGUGGGGAGUUUGCUGAUGGCAUUAAUUUUUUUCAACAUUGGAUUGAUCGUCGAUUUGAUUUAAGAUUCAUUGUAUGCAACGGCCAGGUCAUUUGGACCCUUCCUGAACCCCCUCCAUGCCUUUUCCUGAAAAUAUACCGCUUAAACUUCAGAAUGGAGCAUUUACCUCAUGUGAUCCAUGUACUAGGCAACAGAUACAGACUGGGUUCUAUAUAUGUACACGCCAACCAGCACUUUACUGCUUGGGUGUCCAGACCUCAAGGAAUGGCAUUCUAUGAUGACAGAAAUGAGGAUCAACAUGACAAGUUUUCAGCCAAGUUGGAUGACUUGAAGGAAUUUCCUGGAGGUGGUGAACCAUGCUUGGCUUCUUAUUUUGUCAUAUAAAAGUUGCUGGUAAGGCAUUCCAACCAGGCAGACCUUUUAUCAAAUAAUUAAGAUAACUCAGUCAGUUGAGGUGACUAGAUUUAAUGAAACGGUGAAAACAUAGGAAGUUGAAAAUCUAAAAACACAAUUGUUUCCUGAAAGAGAAAUAUGUAAAAUUACUACAUUGCAAACAUCAAAUAAAUCACUGAAACAGAAAGGGAAUACGUGUACCCUACAGAAAGUCUUCCUGUUUCAGAUAGUGUUUCCAGACAUCCACAGUGCAUCUUAACAGCCAGCAAGACAGAUUCAAGCACAUGAACAAAUGCAGAAUCCUAUCCAUAUUUGCCCUUGAACUAUAAGAAAGGGAAAGUAUAGGAACACAGUCAGAGGAUGGGAAAUCUGUGCAUUAAAUUGAUCAAGAGAAUAAACACUUAUUCUGUGCAUAAGUCAACCCAGAUGAGCCAAACUCAAUUGCCAAAUUUAAGCCUCUCAUAGUUUGGCAAAAGUAGCAAAGAUGAAUGUUUCUUCGUGCAGUUAUAUGGUUAUUUUUGCUAGGAAAAUAAUGCCCUUAAAACCAUGAUAUGGAGACUAUUAAAAAUGAUUUUGUGAAAGUUAUGACAAAUUACUGAAAUUCUAGUCUUCAAUUGCACUCACUAUAAAAGAAUACUAGUAUAUGUUUUUGAGAGAAUUAAAGGGUAUAAUGUAAAGCAGGCAAAGGUCUUUUUGUGUAUGUUUAAAAAAGCAUCAAGUAGACUUUGAACAAGGUGAAAUAAAAACAAUAUGGCCAGAAAUCAUAAACCCCAAUUUUAUUCUAAUUUUCUAUUGUUCUGCAUAUCAAUCUCCAUCUGCUACUCGUGCCUCCUGCUGCAAUGAAAAAAAUUAACCACUGGAUGUAAUAUAGAAAGUUGCUCAAAGUCCCCUUUUAGUAAUGGGCAGUGCAAAGAUGACAUGAUUUUCUUCCUUGACACCUUGCACUCUAAUCUGCUUAUAAUUGAACAAUAUUUGAAGGCAGUAUGUAUCAUGUGCCUUGAUAGUAUUUAUUUAAAAAGUUCUUUUAGACAAAUUGUAAGUUUACAUGAUUCACAUUCCUGUUUGCACAAGUGUAUUUUUUCAUAC